AUGAACAAAGAGAACACAGAAAAAUUAAUAAAAAUUAUAAAUUUGUUAGACAAAUUAUGUGAAUAUAAUGAAGGGGAAACUGAUGGUUGCAAAAAAUCGAAGUCCUUUGCCUCAAAUGAAAUAUCAAAAACAUUUAAUAGCUUAGAAUAUAAUAAAUCACUAUUUCCAAUCAGUUGUGAACAAAAUUCUUUAGUUUCAAAGACUAAUAAAAUAAUUAAUGAAAUAAAAAUAUCAAAAACUUUGUUUUUCUCUAAUAAAUCACACUCAAAUGAAAAAAAUAAAUUAUCCUAUAAAAAAAGUAUAAACAGUUAUAAAGAUGAUAAUAAUAAUGUCGAUACAGAUAUCAUUGAUAGGGAAACAUCUGAAAUAGGAAAUAAUUCUAUAAAAAAAUCAAAAAGUUAUAAGGAAUAUAUAGAAAAUGAAAACACAUCUAUAAAUAUAAAAUACAAUAACGAUCUACAUAACAAACCCAGUUAUGAUUCAAAUUUUAAUAGUAUUAGAAAAAAAAAAAUAAUAGAUAUGAAGAAUAAUUAUUUUUUAAGAGAUAAUAGUAAUUGUGAUAAAAUUUUUUCAAUUUAUUCAUCUUAUGAUUGUAUGUUUCCCAUUUUUAAAUGUCAUACAUAUAAUUUUAUGUCUAAAAAAAAAACAUUAAAUGUGCUAAAAGUUAAUUUAAGUGAUUCGGAAUUGAUAGCAUUAAAUAAUUCUAAUGAAAACAAAAAAAAAAUUCUGAAAAUGAUUAAACACAAAAAAGAAAUAAUAAACUAUACAGAUAAAAUAUUAAAUGAAGAUUCUUUAGAAAAUUCAGAACAUAUUGUUCACUUGAGAAAGUAUAAUCAUAGUUCCUUUGAAAUUGGCCAAGAUAGCGAGAUCGAUCAAAAACGCACACAUCAAAUGUUAGAAAAUAUUAUACAUAAGUUGAAUACCAAUAUAAAUGGUAUAAUAAACAUAUAUAAAAACAAGAUAAAUAAGCUGAAUCGAUCCAAUGUUAAUUUAAGCCGCAAACUCGAAGAUGCUGUUGAACAUAACGAUGAUCAAAUUCAAGAAAUUAGAGAUCUAAAUAAAAUAAUAACCACAAUGAAAGGAGAAAAAAUUGAAAUGAAUAAAAUUAUCGAAGGGUAUGAAUUCGAUAUGAAUAAAUCAAAGAAAUUAAUAAAAGAGGAAGAAAACAAUGAAAAACAGAAAAAUAUAUUGGAAAGAGAAAUUAAAAAUUUGAAAAAAGAAUUGAAUAUUGUGAACUCGUUAAAUGAUAAAAUAAAGGAUGAACAACUACUUUUGCAAGAGAAGAUUCAAGAAAAAAAUAAAAAAAAUAAUACCAAGAAACAUAAAAUAAAAACAAGCAAUGCUUCUGUUGUAGAAAAAAAUGAGAUACCCCUACCAAUAGAACUAAAAGACAAGAAAGUUCAAAAUGAAAAAAAAAAUACAAUUCAGUUAAAAAUAAAAAAGGAUAUAAUUGAUAGAUACCGAAGUGAUACAAUUUUAGACAACUAUUUGAGGAUAAAAAAUAAAUUACUAGAAAGUAACGAAAAAUGUUACUUUUUAUCAAAAACGAACUUUGAAUUAUUUAAAGGAUUAAAAAAAAAAAAAAAAAAAAUAGAUUCAUUAAAAAAGAAAGUUUCAUAUCUCAAGCAUUUUGCAAUGGAAAUGAAAAAAGUAGAGAUCCCAUAUUUACAUCUGGAGAAGGAGGAGCCUAUUAGUAGUAUCAUAAAAUCGAGGGUUGAUUAUCUUUCUCCAUCUAAAUACGAGCCCAAUGUAAAAAUAUCCAGAAAAAGAAAAUCAUUAGUGCAAUUAUAUAAUACAAAUCAAUACAUUGAAGUGGAUAAUAAUCGAGACAAAAAUUUUGAAGGGUUAAAAAAACGUUUAAAAAAUUUAAAUAAUGAAAAUAAUUUAUUAAAAAAUAAAUAUGAAAUGGUAUAUAAAAAAUAUAUUGGAUUAUUAAAGAAAUUAAGAGAAAAUAAAGAAUUUACAUUUAUAGAAGAAAAAAAGAUAAAAAAGACGAAAGAACUAUUUCCUAAGCCUGAUGUAAUUCAUUAUUUUUAUUUGAAGCAAAAAAACACCGAUAUUAGAAAAAAAUAUUCCCAAGAUAAUAAAAUAGAAAACUGUAUAAAAGUAGAGGCUGUAGAUAAAACUAAAAAUAACACUCUUCAAUAUAGAAAUUAUAAAGAUGGUGAAAAUUACAGUGAUGUGGAAUUUUACAUCUCAAAUGAAUUUUUAAAGAGAAUUGACGUAAAGGAUAUAUUAAAUAUAAGAUACAUUUACUCCUAUGGGAAUAUAGCCAGGAGAACGACUACAUUUAGCGAAAAGGGAUGUGCAUCAAACUAUUACAACUGCGUAUGGUAA